ACCCACAAAAAAUUUCCACGCCCACUCACUCACACCACCGUUAAAAAUAAUAACAGAAAACAGAUUGAAGAUUUUAAAAUAUCAAAACAAACAUCUUUGUCAUGUCGUCACAACAUCGGCCUAGGCAGGCUGAAAAUAGCAAAAUCUCUUUUCCUAUCGCAGUGAAGAAUUCAGAUGGACGCUAUAUGCCAAGUGUCGAGGGUCUUGUGUCAUUCAACAAGGCCAACGGGAAUGACGAAAAAAUAGACAUGACCCUGCACCUGUUGCUGAAGAACAAGAAGGAGCAACAACGCAGCCGGAGUUUGCCUCGGCAAGCUCCUCCCAGCAAACGGUUAGACAACGACUUGCGUGAGGCGCCCAUAAAACUGUCAAGUGACAGAAGGCACAAAAAGGAUGUGUCAAGAGAGCAGCCACAAAUUUCUCGCAGGACGUGGAGCAAGAUCUUGAGCGAAAGUGAGCACCCUGCCUCGUACAUCCAAGUGCUGCCUGAGAGAGACAACCAUCAUCAAAGCCACCGCCAAAAUUUAGGACAUUUGAACACGGAGAGUGAAAGAAAAAGACACGGGUAUGGGGAAUCGAACGGUGACAAAACUUCGGAGACCGAUGAAGUUACCUCUCUCACAGUGUUGAAUCCAGUUCGGACUUUGCAGUUCUUACUCGGGGAACUUCACUCAAUAGUAAAACCCAAAGGAGAGCGAGAACAAGCUGUUUUUAGGAUGAUUGAGGAUGUCGUAAGUCGUCUGCCAAAUGAUUCCUCGCCUUUUUAUGAAAAGCGCCAGCCUGAAUUCUUCCCUAACGAGCAAGCUCUGAAACAUCCAAAAGACCAGAUAAGCAGGACUGCCUAUGAGAUAUUGAGGAAGGAGCGAGACGGUUUGCACAGCAAACUUGACGAGAAAUGCAAAACUCAUUUGGCACUGGAGAGGAAACUAGCCACUGCUGAAGCCAAAAUUGUCAGACUGAAAUCCGAGAGGCAGGAACUGCAAGAAAAUUACUCAAAGAUGAUCGAGGAACAAAAAGCGCUGAUUGCCAACUUGCCUACUUUGAAUAAACAAAACAGCUUGAGCAAAAAUCUUGAAAACCAUCUGGAAAAUGAACUCAAGAAGGCGCACAUCUACAUUGCUGGCUUGGAAAAGACAAACAGAAAAUUGCAAGACAAAUAUAAGGCCAAAUUUAGGAUCAUACAAGACAUAUUGAACAACGGUCUUGAUUUCCAAGCCAAGGAUAAUCCUCGUUUGACUGACGUCAUUGGUGUUUCUCCCCUGGAAGCUGAAUCCCUCGAUUACCCUGAGGAAGAAGUAAAAGUGCCAACCAGAGGCAUCCAAUCGUUUGUCUCAAACGAGAUUCAAGCAGAUGUUUUGUCGACAUCCUCAGUGGGGCUCGAUGCCCAAAAGUACAUUGACAAGGUCAUGAUGAACAGUGGGUUGCUAAGAUCAGACCAAGAGCAUUUAUUCCAGUCAUUCCACUCAAUUGCCGACAGAGAAUGAACUCUUAACCAAUAAAUUAAAAUUGUGUUUGUGUACAAUAAAAUUCGGAAAACUUCUAUAAUUUAUAAAUUCGUAGAAAAUUAAAUUUAAAAAAUCUUAAUAGCAAUCACAUUACAUAUGAAUGUUUCCAGUUGUUCAAUUUGUAGAUGAACAUUAAUUUACAUUUAAGAAUAAAAUUUUCGUGUGGUUAAUCAAAUUUUUAAUCUCUA